GGAAAGAGGAGGAGUUUGGAAGUAUUGUGACAAAGAUAGACCGCGUGAUGGAUUUCUCAAGGAAACGUAAGCGCAGUCGAUGGAAUGAUGAAACUCCAGACCAGAAAACUAUUAUUCCUGGGAUGCCUACAGUAAUUCCUCCAGGGCUUACUCGUGAACAGGAAAGAGCUUAUAUAGUUCAACUUCAAAUUGAGGAUCUGACGCGCAAGCUUCGCACAGGAGACCUGGGAAUCCCCCCUAACCCAGAAGACAGGUCUCCAUCACCAGAACCAAUUUAUAACAGUGAAGGGAAACGGCUGAACACACGAGAGUUCAGAACGCGCAAAAAGCUGGAAGAGGAACGUCAUAACCUCAUCACUGAAAUGGUGGGAUUAAACCCUGAUUUUAAGCCACCUGCAGAUUACAAACCACCAGCUACCCGUGUUAGUGAUAAGGUCAUGAUCCCUCAGGACGAGUACCCAGAGAUCAACUUUGUAGGGUUGCUUAUUGGGCCCAGGGGAAAUACAUUGAAGAACAUUGAAAAGGAGUGCAAUGCCAAGAUCAUGAUACGGGGUAAGGGUUCCGUAAAGGAGGGCAAGGUUGGCAGAAAAGAUGGACAGAUGCUUCCUGGAGAAGACGAGCCUCUACAUGCCUUGGUAACAGCUAACACUAUGGAAAAUGUUAAGAAAGCAGUUGACCAGAUUCGUAAUAUCCUAAAGCAGGGCAUAGAAACUCCAGAAGAUCAAAAUGAUUUACGAAAAAUGCAGCUACGAGAGCUUGCUAGGCUGAAUGGAACACUGCGAGAAGAUGACAACAGGAUACUGAGGCCAUGGCAGAGCUCUGAAACUAGAAGCAUCACCAACACUACAGUAUGCACAAAAUGUGGAGGUGCUGGGCACAUAGCUUCGGACUGCAAAUUCACCAGUGUAACCGUGCGUCCUGGUGAGCCACAGUCUGCCCAGGACAAAGCAAGAAUGGAUAAAGAGUAUCUGUCUCUAAUGGCAGAACUGGGAGAGGCCCCUGUACCCACACCUAUGGGCCCUGGUUCAGGUCCAUCUCAUAAUCCUGUUCAAGGCGGUCCUCGUCCAGGUGGGAUGACAGGAAACGCACCUCCCAUGAACCGGCCUCCUUGGAUGACUCCUGAUCGUCCUUUUCCAGCUCUCCAUGGUGCGCCCCAUUCUUUUCCACAUCCUAUGGGAAAUUCAGGGAAUGGACCUCCCCUCCAGCAUAAUUCUGGUGGACCACAUCAUCACUGGAUGCAACCACACCCUGGUGCACACCAUUCUGGCCCACAUCCUAUGGGUCUUCUGCAUUCCCAUCCAAUGGGCCUGAUGCCUCCACCACCACCGCCUCCACCUAGUGGGCCAGCCCCUCCACCUCCCCCACCUAGUGGGCCAUCUCUUCCCCCUUGGCAGCAGCAGGCUACUGGUGGCCCUCCUCAAACUGGAGCUCCUUUACCUUGGCAACAAAGUUCACCAACUACAGCCUCUGGGACAGCGUCUCUUCCUCCAUGGCAGCAGCAGCAACAGGGAGCUGGUAGUUCUACAUCUAACACUUCCCCCCAGCUCCAGACUCCAGGUGUUCAGCCGCCAUUGCCACCAAGUGCUCCGCCGCCUCCACCACCUCCUCCCCCAGGCACAUCUGGUCUUCUCUAUGCUCCACCCCCCCCGCCACCACCUCCUUUAGAUCCCUCAAACUAUGUCACCAUGAUGGGAAUGGGUGUACCGGGUAUUCCCCCUUUUUCUAUGCCCCCUGCUCCUCCACCACCCCCUCCUCAGAACUAAAGGUGGCGGUGGACCCUUUCAGACACACACAAUGAAAAGGGGUGUUUGCACUUUCCUUUAGAUGUAAGUUACUUCAAAUCCUAAAAAGGAUUGGUGCUGCCCAUUUCAUUGUGUGAUGUGGUAGUGUUUACUACAACAUCUGGCUCCCUGAGUCUAGUUUUACAGUGAAACUCCAUCCCUCAAAUGUGACUGUACUGUCCGCCCAGCACAACUGAAGAGAUGUUUUAUUGAAUUAUGAAGGGAUGUUGCGCUCUUCUCUGUACCUGAUUAUUUUUGUCUCCUAUGACUACAGUACUUUGCUUGUUCUGUUACAUUAAUUCUCUUCCUUUCACAAAUUGCUGGUUACUUAGAUGAAAUGCUAAGCUACAUCUUAUGACACAUUUUUGUUUUUCUUUUAUAUACGUAUGUAUAUGGAACCAUAACUUGAUAUACAAUAUUGUGCCUGCCCUAUGGUGUUCGUGCCAUUUGCGCAUAUCCAUUUUAUUUUUCAAUCUGCUAUUGAGUAUUAGCAAAAACAGUUGAGUAGAGCGCUUAAAAUGUAAUACACUUCCAACUUUGCACCCUGUAAAAUACUGUUGCCUUCCAAAUAAGUGUGAAGUAACAUGUUUGAUUAUACUAAAUCCUGCCAAAACUGCCGAAAUCUUGGUAAUACAUCAUGCUUUCAUAUAAAAGUAUAUACAUAUAUAUAUAUGUAUAAGAAAAAUUUUCAUUCUCUAGGUACAGCAAUAUCAAGGGAACGUUGUUAAGGACUUAAUGUAGAAAUAAGUAUGGAUAUGCAAUCAAAUACACGGUUCUACUGAGAAUUAUCUAACAUUUUUAGUUCCUUGUUCUAGGUAGGUUGCAUCAUUACCUGUGCAGCACUAUUGCAUCCAGAAGGCUAACCAGAUCUAGCAGCCUUUUAUGAAAAACUAUGCCAUAAUGGAAAACAUUUAGUGUGAAAAUGUAGAUGUUAUAUGUAAUUUGGAAGUUUAAUGUUGCUAAUUUGCAAAAUCUUUAUCAUAAAAUACACUUCACUUCUCACGCUCAUGCCACAGUUAUUCAGUAUUUCACAGUAGAUCUAAAACUGCCUUCCUAUAUCAUAGGCACUGUGCUCUCUAACUUGGAAUAAAUUUCUAGUCCCCCUGCCAAUUCUUAGAUACUGUUUGUAUUUAACUGCGUAGUUGAGAGGUACAUUACGACUUUAGUGAGUUGUUGCUUUGAUUGUUAAAUACUUGCUAAUGCCCCCAGCAUCAUUUUUGCCUUUGGGGAAGGAGACUUUAAUGUAAAUAACUCACCAUUUUUAAGAUCCUCUUGAGGGAGGGGCCAGGUGUACUGUUAAGCUAAGGGAACACAUUUCUGUGCCCCCGAUGCUUGCUUAUUUUUUUGUGACUGAUUAUUCUGUAAUAAGGGCCUGUCCUAAAUUAAAAGACAUUUUUUAAAAACGUUUCUUGUUCAGUUCACUGUCUGAUAUGUGAAAUAAAAAGUAGCUCUUACAGAUAA